UAUAUAAUGUUACAGGGAGUUUAAGGGAUGAUCACAAGAACAAGGAAACGCGUUUGAGUAUAUACGAGCAACUGAAAGAACAGAAGAAGCAAAAGUGGCCUCCUCUUAUUUCGUUGCCGAAGACACCCCGCUGAGUGAGGGUGGAGGCGAGCCCUCUUUAAAGUAUUACGAGAACCCUUACAGCAGCCUUCGGAUGCCGUUAUCAAUUUGGGUGAUUCUCAGGAUUUAUAAUGAAGACGCAAUGCUAGUGUUCGUCCUUGUUCGUUCUAAUAGCUACCAUCCGCCUCCGAUACAUCAGGGACGUUCAGAGAUCUUCGUCAUCGUCAGCUUUAAUCCGCCAAUCAGCGAACCGACCUCAGGUUUCGUGUUAGUAAUUAUGGUGCCACCCAGGAUGCGGUCUAUCGGAGUCGCCAAAGUGCCGAUAAUGAGGAUGAUCAAAAAGUAUACAAAUUUAGCUUUAGCUUCCUCAAGAAUUACUGCUGGUAUAAGCAGAGAUUGUUUCAUUAGUUUUGGACGAAACUUUGGGCUUCCUAUGACGUCAGCCCGCGGAAAUCCAUAUAUCAACCGUGUUAGUCCGAGACGAUGAGUCCCAGCCGAGGAUUGUUCAAAGGUGACCAGCAGGGGUCCGCGGCCUCUCACACGGAGUUAUUCCGCUGGAAAUUUGUGGUUUUCCUUAAACGGCAGCUUCCUCGUGUCUCACCCCUUUUCCACGGAAAGAAGAAAAAAAUAGAACGUUAUUAAUCGUCGCGCUGAAAAGAGAGGCGCAGAGGGCAAUACGCUCCUCUACCUGACACCAGAGGAGGAUGCUCAGGUAGCCGGAGGAUCCUUUGACCUUUCCACCGGCUGUCCUGCGGGAUACGUCUCGUUCCUGUCCACCUUCUGUCUUUUCUCACCGAAAGAA